AUCUUAUGACCUUGAGACUUGUUUCGCGUCCAAAAGUACAUGGGUUUUUUGAGAAUUCGUCCGCCCAAGCGUUACUUGUCCCUUCGGGAUAGUUCUACUUAUUAUGGAUUAAGCGAUGUAAAGAGAUUAGAGCAAAAAUGGUUACCUGUUAUACGGAAGAUUGAUUUAGAAAAUUCAAGUAACAAAGCUGUGGGUAAACAAAAGUCCUUCGUGUUGUCCAUGUUCCCUUAUCCAUCUGGAAGUUUGCACAUGGGACACUUAAGAGUUUAUACUGUUUCAGACGUUUUAGCUCGCUAUAAAACAAUGUCUGGUGAGUUGACGAUUUGUCCAAUGGGUUGGGAUUCAUUCGGUCUGCCUGCGGAAAAUGCCGCUAUUGAUCGAAACGAAAACCCAUUGAAUUGGACCCGAAAAAAUAUACUUACAAUGAAAAAACAAAUGAAUGAAACUAUGUCUUUGGCUGUUGAUUGGUCAAGAGAACUAAGCACUUGUGAUCCUAAUUAUUAUAAAUGGACACAAUGGCUUUUUCUCAAAUUAUAUCAAUCAGGUAUGGCUUAUCAUCGUCCAGCCUAUGUUAAUUGGGAUCCUAUUGAUCAGACUGUCUUGGCAGAUGAACUUAUUGACAGUCAAGGAUGUUCGUGGCGUUCUGGUGCUAAAGUGGAACGACGUCCUUUACGUCAAUGGUUCUUUCGAACAACUGCUUAUUCUGAGUCUCUUUUAGAUGGUUUAAAAGAUAUUGAGAAUAAUCAGUGGCGUGACGUCAUCCAGUUACAACGUGGUUGGCUUGGUCAUUUGAAUGGUACUCAAAUGGAGUUCAAUAUUUACUCAUCUACUGAACAUUCUGAAAUUAAUCCUCAGCAAUCAUUUUCGGAUUGUGGACAUUUAAAGAAUAUCAUACCUCAAAAUGAACGACUAGUUAUAUUUACAAAAUAUCCAAGUCUAGCAGUCGCUGAUUUAAUCAGUCAUGUAAAAGUUGGACCAGAUAGUGUUUAUUUUGCAGAUAUCUAUCGAAAGCCUGAGCAUAAACGUGAUCUGAACUUUAGUCGAAAGCUAAUCUUACAUUCAAACUGGGAUAAUUCAUAUAAUAUUGGUAGUAAUAAUAAUCAUAAUAACAAAUUAUCGAUUGCAUCCUGUACAUCUAUAUCACCAUGGCCAGAAAUUUUAAACAUAUUUAUUCGUCAUCCAUUCACAGGACGUUCUAUUCCAAUGAUUCGUGAAAAUAUUCCAUUACCUAAACUUCCUAGAGCUUAUCCAAAUGAAUUAGUCUUUUCUAUAAAUGGUCAAACAUCUGACGGCUCCUUGUCAGAAUUAUUAGAUAUACCUUUACCACCUGGAAAAUUAAUUUCUUCAGAAAAAGAUUCACUAAAUUUAGAUCAAUCUAAUAUUGUUCUCAAUGAAGAAGAUUUAAAACGUUGUAUAUUAUCUACUCCUAUCUUUGAGCUUCAUGGGAAAACAGUUGGUGAAUCUAUGGAUAAAGCUAUGCAAAUCUUAAAGGUUAGUGGACGUGGUGGUUAUCGUUGUGAUAAUAUGCGUACUGAUUGGUUAAUCUCUAGACAACGUUAUUGGGGUACUCCUAUACCAAUUAUACAUUGUGAUUCAUGUGGGGCAGUACCCGUACCAGAAGAUCAACUCCCUGUACUUCUACCUCCAUUAGAAAGUUCAUUGAAACGAGGUGAUGAACCUUUAAAGCAUAAUGAAUCCUGGCGUAAAACAACUUGUCCUAAAUGUGGUAAUCCAGCGAACCGUGAAACUGAUACACUAGACACAUUUGUUGACUCGUCAUGGUAUUAUUUACGAUAUUUGGACCCACAGAAUAAUUCAUCAAUUUGUGAUAGGAUAAAAGCAGCUAAUAGUCUACCUGUUGACAUUUACAUUGGAGGUUUGGAGCAUGCUGUUCGUCAUUUGUACUAUGCUCGUUUUAUUGCACAUUUCCUACAUGAUAUAAAUGUAAUACCGUGUAGAGAACCAUUUAAACGUUUCCUACCUGUUGGUUUAGUAUUGGGUCAAACGUAUAUUGAUCCACAAUCUGGUCGUUUUAUACCAACACAAAAUGUUGAUAAAAGAUAUUUAUCUGAAAAAGAAAUUGAAUAUUAUGAAAUUGAAACUAAGAAACCAGUUCAAAUGUAUUGGGAUAAAAUGAGUAAAUCUAAAUUAAAUGGAAUUGAUCCAACUGAUGUAGUUGAUAAAUAUGGUAUGGAUACAAUAAGAAUUACAAUAUUGACAAAUGUUGGACCACAUCGAUCAAGAAAAUGGUCUGAACAAGAUGUCAUUCAAGGUGUUAAUAAUUGGUUAUAUAAAAUGAAUCGAUUAGUUGAACAAUUAAUUGAAUAUUCUAAAAUUAUACAUCAGUCUAAUGUAUCAUGGGAAUUGAAAUGUGAUAUAAAUGAUCCAUUAUUAAUUCAUAUACCAAAUUUUUUAAAAUAUUAUCAAUCUAUCAUAAAACGGGUCAAUGAAUAUUAUGAUGAUACAUUUGUAAUCAGUUCUGUUAUUGCUCGACUUCAAGAGAUGACUGAAUUGCUUCGAAAAUCUUCUAUACAUGUUGGUGGUCCAGGACCAUCAAGUUUUUUAUAUCUACGUGCAUUAGCUGAUCUUAUAGUAAUGCUUACACCUAUUGCACCAAUUUAUGCAUCUGAAUUAUGGUCUGGUAUACAAUUUGCUUGUUUAACUUCAACACAUUCGAAUUUAUAUGAAAUUCUUUCUAUUCAUUCGAGUAGAACAUUGAUGAAUUCUAAUGAAAAAAAGAAGAAUGAUUAUUAUUAUUAUAGUCAUUGGCCUUAUGAUUUGACCAAAUAUGUUCUUGAACAACCAUUCCCUAAAUUUGUAUACUCCACUGAACUACCGGGAUGAAUUGUUGAACAAUAUGAAACAGGCAGCAGUACUGCCACCACUAAAAAAUGAAAAUGUUUUAUCCUUAUUUAUACGUCGUUGAUUUGGUGCUGAGCAGUUCGAGACUGAUUAAAGAUAAUAUAAAUGACUAAUGAAUGACAAAUCUCGUGAGGUAUAUCAGAGACUGCAACGGAGAAAUAAAAUCCUUGAGAGGUAAUUUGAUUAUUCAAUUUUCAAUAUUAUAAUCUUUUGCACUACUGGAUUCAGAGCUUGUAUAGGAUAUCUAUCGGCUACUGUUUGUUUGUUGAGUGCUUGAUGGUCUUCACACGGCCUUAAUUUUUCCAUUUUUCUGCAAGGCCAUGUGUAACAGUGAAAUCGCGGUCUACUCGAAGGCCUUAUGAUUCCUAGUUUCAUUAGUUUGUCUGAUACUUGUUUCUCAAUUUUUAGGAGUCUAAACUAUGCGGUCUUGCGUCGGUCGGUGGACUUUUCGUUACGACGUGAUGCUGCACAAUAUGUCUAUGAUCUCAGAUGUCGUAUGAUACCCUCUUCAAAUUGGCGUACCCACUUAGAAGCGACUUAUAUAGCUUGCUUUUGUCUUUUGGCACCACUAAAUUCAUAAAUACGUGGUUGGUAUUCGCUCCUUUUAUCACUACUGAAUGAUUUCUGUUCACGAGCCGGAUACGUCUGCGAUAACGAAUCCUCAGGAAAACGAAUUGUUACGACUGAAAUUCAAGGUUAUUUUUUGCUUCUCAUAUGUUUUGAUGUAGGAUUUAUUUACUGCCCCAAGUGUUGGUACAGUAUCAAUAUUUCGUCUUUCGAUGCUAAAUGGAGGCACAUAGCUUAUUUCUGUUCCCGGUCACACCAAAAAUUGAUAGCAUAUUACUGUGUCCCGGACAUAAAGUAAACGAUUGUUUCUAGGAGUUGUGCUAGUUGUCGCAGCCGUUACUGACAAGCGGUGGGAUCGUUUAAAUUCGCGUGGUGAUCUACAUCUUUUAGCUCUGUCGGACGUUUGAUGAUACCAGCAUUUUGCGGAUGCUGAACAUCUCAUAGAGCGUGAUUGGCUUCUAUCACUUGAUCUACUUCGUCAUGAUUUAUGUACAGCAGUUUAUGGCAUAAAACAUUAUUCUCCCAUUGUAACUCAUCCAUUCUACUAUGGUGUUAUGUUUGGGCAUCACUGAGGAGGGCUAUUGUGUCUUUAUUCGAAGACAUAUUUAUAAAAUUAAAUAGUACACAAAUUUUAUGUAAACGUCACAAAGAGAAGUGAACCGACAAAAACAGUGAUAAUAACAAAUGGUACAAUCGAUAGCAGAGAACGGACUUGCUAAAUUGCACCAAUGUAUCAAUUGUUUCUGAAUAAUCGUUAUUUAUUAUGAGUAUUGUCGUCACGUUCAAUAAUGUUUGCGAGAUAAUUAAAAUGGUGAUUUAAUAAAUUCGCAACUAUAAUUAUGAUCCAGAUAGGAAUGGAAAUGGAGACAAAGUGCGUUGAAUUUUCGAAAUUAUAUUGUCAUGAAAAAUUGCUUUUUGUUCGCACGUUGAGAUCGGCGAUUAUGUUGUAAUCGGUAUUCGAUAUUAUCCUUAGACUUCGUAUAUUAUUCGUCCUGAUAACCGUUACUAGCUAACGCCUGUGACGGUGUUAAAAUCAGAAAACCAAUAGGAAUUGUCGAUAACGUUUAUUAUUGCACCGCGCAUAGAUUACCGAUACCACAGGUACCCGAGGCAAGAAUGAAAGACAUGUGCCGAGUGAUCGUGCGAGUUGAAUGAAUAGGAUUAAAAUGUACAUAUAUAUACAUGGGGAAAUGAAGGAUUCAUCGAAACAAUUAGACAUUUAACACUAGAGCUAGCAGAAUGAAUUGUGCUUUUGGCUGUAAACAAUUCUCAAGCAUGCAUAUUCAAGUCGAUAAAAUGUACGAGGAUAACUGACAUUUGUAUUUCGAUGACAAUCAAAAUAUAGUCCAAUUAGUGUCAGAUCUAGGGUCAUUAAAGUGGUGAGCCCCACACCGAAUAAGACGCAUCCUGCAAAUUUGCGCAGACGGUAAACAUCUCUAACCCUACUUGUCCAGUAAACGAACUAAGUAGCCGACUCAGUCGACGAGCAACUCAAAUGAAUAAAUCUCUAGCGCAACGCAUUCAUCGAGAUCAGUUAAGCACUGACAUGGUAAUGUUUCAAAUCGUACCUUACCUAUACUUUGUGCUCGUGUCAACUCUGCUCAUUAACCCAUCUUGUAUAUUGUUCUAUUAUUAUUUAAAUAAUUGUCAUAGUCUAAUUAUCAAAUUGUUGACACAUUAUCACCUAACAUGAAUCUAUUAUUUUUGUUCAUGCUGAUAUUAAAUUAUGGCAUUUUCGCAAUCAUAUCACUCAUCGAACAAAUUAUAAUUUUACACCGAUUCCACGUUAUGUCAUUCAGUGUACUAUGUUUAUUAUUCAAUAACGUAAAAUAUCCCUGUUUUAAGUCAGUUCGUUCCAUUUUUUUCACCUCAUUUCAGCUGAUUACUAAACUCAUUCACUUGUCCGAGAUUGUUUUUUAUGUUAUCAAACCAUACAUUUCACAUUUCUCUAAUGCCUUCUAUUAUGUUUGUGAUUCCCUUUCACUCUACUGGCUGAUUAUUAACGGUUGCGUUUAUUCGUUAGCCGACAUGUGUAUUUCGUUGACAGCCAGCAUACAAUUCAGUCGGAACAUAUAAAGGGGCACCAAAAGGAUGAAUCGUCGAGUGAUAUUUAGACAAUAAACAUUCUAGCUGGCGUCUGUGUUCCAGUGAUCACAGCAGUAUGAAGAAAUAUGCGAAAUGUUACACAUCAAAUAACAUUGUCUGUUAAGUAAGUUAAUAAACGAGCCUAAUUAAAAUUAACCAUGAUGGAACUUAAUUGAAAGAUAGUUUUUAGAAUGUAAACACAGAAUCACUGUUGAACCCUAUAAAAUAACUUAAUUUAUAUCAACGUGUGUGGACAACUGUUUGAAUGAGUUUGACUUCAAAAUCGUCAAACCGUUAGACAGAGACAAUACAAACAAAUCAGAGUAUAGUUUGAAAUAUGAUGCUGAGUUUAUUGAGCUAUCGUCAGACAUAUCUAACUGGAUUGAGUUCACGAAUUAGUGAUUGAAGUGCCAAAAGAGAGGAGAGAUGAUGAAGGGAAGAUGGAAAACAAAAUCAGUGCACGGCUAGAAACAUUAGACUUAUACAUAACAUACAAACGGUCAGAUUACAUGACAUUCAAUUAGACCUUAAGUCAUUUGUGCAAAAGUGUAGCUAACACACCACAUUUUCAAACAUAUGUUACUGAAAGUGUUGUCUAGACAGACAAUGAGAUAUUCACAAUAAAAUUGUCAAGCUCAACUGAAGCAACACUCCUAAUGUCCUCGUCUCUCUCAUUUCAAAUAUCACACCACUCGUAAUUGUUGAUGCGUUGUGAUCGUGUUGUUCAUCUGUUUUCUUAUUUAUCUUUUUACAUCAAUCUGAAUCAGGGAUAAAUGGAGAUGUGUUCCAAUGGACUCCUCGUCUCUCUAUUUUGCUUAUCGAUUGAUCACGUGCCGGGAAAGUUUUCUUCUCUCUGCCUAAGGACAUUAGUCCCUUUUCAGAAUCACGUGUGUCCCAGCUCAACGUUGGGCCAGUUUGACUAUUAUAUCAGGACUUCAACGUAGGGCGAGACAGGUUCUCUCCUGUUGACAACCGGACUUAGAGAUCUGGGAUGAAACAUUUACUCAUCACUACUUAGACGUUUUUCAUUAGAAAGCUUGUAUUUCGUGUCCACACACAUUUAUCAACUCUGGAUGUCAUGGUUUUGUCUUAAUGCAACAGAUAAUCACGUAUUCUCAUAGUGACGUUUCACUCUUCUAAGUACUUCAAACUCUAACUGAUUUCGAAAACACUGAAUAUUUCUACACAUAACGUAUGCAUUUUACAUCGAUAGUCUGGAUUAUUGUUUACAAAUUGUUCUUCUAGUAUUAAGUGUGUUUUGGAUAUGUUGGAAUAUAUGAGAAAUUAUCUGUGUUCAUUGUUAAAGGAUCCAUGAUCACAAUUUCUUCAAUCAGUCAGUGCUUAGCAAAUAGUCAGUAAACGUAUUGAUUCGGAAUUUCAGUAAAACGUAAACAGUCUGUAAAAUUAGAGACUGACCAGUUGUAGUCCUAAAACAUCAAUGGGAAGAUUCA